AUGCUCUUCGGGCCCAAGGCUCUGUGGCUGCCCAUCUCCACCUACCGGUUCUUCACUCCCUUCAACCAGUCUCCCCUCAACAAAGCAAUGUUUAUAGAGCAAAACGGGUAUGCUGGGCAAGCAGGAGGACUUCAAGACGACAAUUCUGGAGGGUAUGGAGACGGCCAAGCAUCAGGUGUGGAGGGUGCAGCUUUCCAGAGCAGACUCCCUCAUGAUCGGAUGACAUCACAAGAAGCUGCCUGUUUCCCUGAUAUUAUUAGUGGGCCACAGCAAACCCAGAAGGUUUUUCUUUUCAUCAGGAACCGCACAUUGCAGUUGUGGUUGGACAAUCCAAAAAUUCAAUUGACGUUUGAGGCAACUCUGCAGCAGUUGGAAGCACCUUAUAACAGUGAUACUGUUCUUGUUCACAGAGUUCACAGUUACUUAGAACGUCAUGGUCUUAUCAACUUUGGCAUCUAUAAGAGAAUAAAGCCCCUACCAGCUAAAAAAACAGGAAAAGUCAUCAUUAUUGGUUCAGGGGUUUCAGGCUUGGCAGCAGCUCGACAGUUGCAGAGUUUUGGAAUGGAUGUUACCCUUCUGGAAGCCCGGGAUCGUGUGGGUGGAAGAGUAGCUACCUUUCGCAAAGGAAAUUAUGUAGCUGACCUCGGCGCCAUGGUGGUAACAGGUCUUGGAGGGAAUCCAAUGGCUGUGGUCAGCAAACAAGUAAAUAUGGAACUGGCCAAGAUCAAGCAAAAAUGCCCACUUUAUGAAGCCAAUGGACAAGCUGUUCCAAAAGAAAAAGAUGAAAUGGUGGAACAAGAGUUUAAUCGACUUUUGGAAGCCACAUCCUACCUCAGUCAUCAGCUAGACUUCAAUGUCCUCAACAAUAAGCCUGUCUCUCUUGGUCAAGCCCUGGAAGUUGUCAUACAGUUACAGGAAAAGCAUGUGAAAGACGAGCAGAUUGAACAUUGGAAGAAGAUUGUGAAAACUCAGGAGGAAUUGAAGGAACUUCUUAAUAAGAUGGUGAAUUUGAAAGAGAAGAUCAAAGAACUCCACCAGCAGUAUAAAGAAGCAUCUGAAGUAAAGCCACCUCGAGAUAUUACAGCAGAAUUCCUUGUAAAAAGUAAACACCGGGAUCUCACAGCCCUUUGCAAGGAAUAUGAUGAAUUGGCAGAAACACAAGUAAAACUAGAAGAGAAGCUACAAGAGCUGGAAGCCAAUCCCCCAAGUGAUGUAUAUUUAUCCUCAAGAGACAGGCAGAUCCUUGAUUGGCAUUUUGCAAAUCUAGAAUUUGCUAAUGCCACACCUCUGUCUACUCUUUCUCUUAAACAUUGGGACCAGGAUGAUGAUUUUGAGUUUACUGGAAGUCACUUGACAGUGAGGAAUGGCUACUCCUGUGUACCAGUGGCCCUUGCUGAAGGGCUGGACAUUAAAUUGAAUACAGCAGUUCGACAAGUACGUUACACAGCUUCUGGAUGUGAAGUGAUUGCUGUGAAUACUCGCUCUACCAGCCAGACCUUCAUUUAUAAAUGUGAUGCUGUUCUCUGUACUCUUCCCUUGGGUGUACUGAAACAGCAGCCACCGGCUGUUCAAUUUGUGCCACCUCUUCCUGAGUGGAAAACCUCUGCAGUGCAAAGAAUGGGAUUUGGCAACCUAAACAAGGUGGUUUUGUGUUUUGACCGAGUGUUCUGGGACCCAAGUGUCAAUUUGUUUGGUCAUGUCGGCAGCACUACUGCUAGUAGGGGAGAACUUUUCCUUUUCUGGAACCUCUAUAAAGCUCCAAUUCUUUUGGCUCUUGUGGCAGGAGAAGCAGCUGGCAUCAUGGAAAAUAUUAGUGAUGAUGUGAUAGUUGGACGCUGUCUGGCCAUACUCAAAGGCAUCUUUGGAAGUAGCGCCGUACCUCAGCCUAAAGAGACAGUGGUGUCACGAUGGCGAGCCGAUCCCUGGGCCCGGGGGUCCUACUCCUACGUAGCAGCUGGAUCAUCAGGCAAUGACUAUGACCUGAUGGCUCAGCCAAUUACUCCAGGGCCUGCUAUUCCAGGUGCCCCUCAGCCUAUCCCUCGACUGUUCUUUGCAGGUGAACACACAAUCCGCAACUACCCGGCAACCGUCCACGGCGCUCUCCUGAGCGGGCUGAGAGAAGCCGGGCGGAUCGCAGACCAGUUUCUAGGUGCUAUGUACACGCUUCCUCGCCAGGCAACCCCCGGGGUCCCCACCCCGCAGCCCCCUAGCAUGUGAGGCUGUCCUGAAGAGGUUUCUCAUUAGAUGGGACAUGCAUUUGCUUGAGUAAAAGCAAACUCUUCUAGCAAUAGUAGAUUUCACCAGGAAAUCCGUCCUGGACUCAGUCCCUGGGAGGGACGAGCAGAGUCUUGGGCUCACUUGAUGCCAAGAGACCCUUCCAGAGGACUCGUUAGUUGGAUAUAAGGAGCACACAAGGAUAGACCUGCUUAUUUGUUCAGAAAUGUUUUCCCUAAAGUUAGGAAUCUCAGAAGCAGCAGCUAAAGGCGUGACUGACUGGCUCUUUGGUGUGGCUUGGGGAUUUUUUGGUUUAUUGUUAUUUUUUAGAAUAAAAGUUCAUAUGAAAAGCCA